UUUGGUCGAAAGAUGCCGUGAUGGCACUGAUCACGUCAUGGUCAUCGAAAGAUUGUUUAUACAAUACAAAGCAUGAUUUGUACAAAAACCAGCAUGCUAGACAGCAUGCGUUGAGCGAAAUCUGCGAAUCUCUUCAGGCCAUAAUACCGGGUAUCAAUAUCGACGAUGUGAAAAACAAAAUCAACAAUCUACGCAGCCAAUAUUCGCGGGAACUAACAAAGCAGCGUACCAGCGCAAGGAGUGACACAGGCACGGAUGAGAUGUACGAGUCGUCUGCAUAUUGGUACCCGCACAUGACAUUCUUGAAAGACUUUGUUUCAACAAGAAAAGGAAAGUCAAACCUUGACGAUUUGGAGUAUCUCCAAUCUGAUCCAGAUGAUGGUAAUUCCUCUGAAGUGGUUAAUGAAGGAUCAAACACUGAAGGCGAAUCUGAUGCUAAACAAGCACCGAAACGAAAAAGAGGAUCCGACGACACUAUUCUUAAUCAGGCGGCUGCGGCUUUACAAUCAAUCGCUGAAGUCUUAAACACAGAAAAGGAGAACCUGAUGGAUGAUGUCCAUACGUUUGGCGAGCAUAUCAAAGCCGAAUUGUAUGCACUACAUCCCAAAGAGAGGGAAGAACUAAAAUUUCAGAUUAACAAACUCAUCUAUGAAUUUAAAAUGGCGAGAACUUAAAAUGAAAUAAACAACAAUAUGCAAUUCUAGAGCAUAUAUGAAAAAUGUAGUUUUUGGAAUACCUAUAACUAUACAAAAUUCUUUCAGCUAUACCUUUGGGAUAUUACUUGUGAAUGCCGGGCAACUCACUGGAACAAUCCGUUCCCAGCCAUCUUAGCAAACUGCAGUAGAAUCACUUGGCAUAAUACGGAACCUCACGGUGAUGGCGACUUGCCCCGCCAACAGUCCACUCGUCAAUCAGGCAGCAUCACACUGACGACAACCCCGUCAUGGUGCUGGCUGUCACUGAUGCUUGCUAGGGGAAAUACACGCAUGGGAAAUGCUACUCAGCU